GGCAGGAGGGCACUGCGCAGCUGCGGUCCGCAGGCGGCGGCAGGAAUGGCGUCCGUGGUGCUGAGCGAGGCGGAGAAGCUCUACAUCGUGCACGGCGUGCAGGAGGAUCUUCGUGUGGAUGGUCGUGGCUGUGAAGACUACAGAUGUGCAGAAGUAGAAACAGAUGUUGUAUCAAACACAAGCGGAUCUGCAAGAGUAAAGCUGGGAGACACUGAUGUCUUGGUAGGCAUAAAAGCUGAAAUGGGCACACCAAAGUUAGAGAAACCCGACGAAGGAUACCUGGAAUUCUUUGUUGACUGUUCUUCAAACGCUACUCCUGAAUUGGAAGGCCGGGGAGGAGAAGAACUUGGCACAGAUAUAGCAAAUACACUCUACAGAGUAUUUAGCUGCGAGAACAGUGUAGACUUAAAAUCCCUCUGUAUUAAUCCCAGAGAGCACUGCUGGGUUCUCUAUGUCGAUGUAUUGUUAUUGGAAUGUGGUGGGAACAUCUUUGAUGCAAUCUCUAUCGCAGUGAAGGCAGCUCUCUUUAACACAAGAAUACCCAAAGUGCGUGUUCUGGAGGAUGAAGAAGGCACCAAAGAGAUUGAGCUGUCUGAUGACCCUUAUGAUUGUAUUCGACUUAAUGUAGAGGAAGUGCCCUGUAUUGUCACGCUAAGCAAAAUUGGAUAUAGGCAUGUGGUGGAUGCUACCCUUCAGGAAGAAGCCUGUUCUUUGGCAAGCCUGCUUAUUUCCGUGACCAGUAAAGGUGCCCUCACUUCUAUGAAGAAAGUGGGGAAAGGUAGCCUGGAUCCUGAGAGUAUUUUUGAAAUGAUGGAGACAGGACAAAGAGUAGGCAAGUCACUGCACACAGCCCUUCAGAAGAUUUUGGAUGAAGAAGAGAGUUUGGGGACGUCACGGCCAAAAGUUGGAUUUCUAGGAUGAGAUUUUAUUAAAUGUUCAAAACUGUUUUUAAUUAAUUGUGCAAUCUUGUGUGUUUGUGUAUAAAGAGAGGGUUAUUUUUUUUUCCAGUACAGUUCUCAUUCUGGCUAAGAGGCUUUUAAAAUUCUCCUAAGCAUAAAGAAAGCUACAGUUAAGUGCAGAUGAGAAAAUUAGAGAUGCUUUCCAUACAGGUCACUGUUCACACCUGGGAAGUGCACCAGCAGCAAUUGGUGACAUUGCCUGGGAAAUGCUUGAAUCUAUUUUCAAGAGUGACUGGUGUAGGUUCCACUUAAUUCUGUUAGCACACCUUCCACUUCUGUAGACCAGAUGCUGUGUUCUGGAGUGUACUUGAGGCUGUGCAGCACUAAUGGGAGUAGCACAAGGUGGAAGUCUUCCUUCAAAUUACCUAACUAUUCUUCGACUAAAAUGUGGUUAGAUUUUACUAUAAA